CUUACCUUCAUUUUUUUCCCCUGAAAUAGACUUGUAGAAUUGGCAUGCAUUGGAUUCCUCCUUUGGUUUUUGUUUAUACAUUUUGAUUUUGCUGUUAUAUUGAAGUUUACAUUUGUUAUCUAUUUCGAAUGCAAUUGUUGGAAAGGUAAAAGUUAUUAGAACCUAUUGUUUGUUUAUUUGUCUUUAGUUUUUAUAAUAGUGCUUUUGUGUGAGGACCAUAUUGAUGUAGUUAAAUUAAUUAAUUAUAGUUUGCAGGGGUUGAUGUUAAACAAGGAAGGGUAUGCUUCUAUAGGAGGUGGUUCACCCUUGCGUAAGAUGACAGAUGAGCAGGCAAAUGCACUGAAAAUGGCUUUGGAAUCAAAGGACAUGUCGGUGAAUGUCUAUGUGGGAAUGCGGUACUGGUUCCCGUUCACUGAGGAAGCAGUUCAUCAACUUCGGGACUCAACAAAUACAUGUAACCCUUUAUAUGACUGCAAUUGCUUCCCAGUCCACUUUGGUACAAAAACCUAUUGUCAAGGUCUUACCAGAAAAUGGCCUGUAGGUUAGGUUAUCAGGGUCAGGAGUAACAGGGAGCCCUCCUACAACUGUCACCCACAAUGUUGAAUAUUGAUUGGAGAUGUAGGGUUAUUCUUUACUGCAGUGCGUACUGAUAUCCAAUUUAUGCUACUGAUGGAAAUGUACUUUGGUGGGUUAAUUUAUGCAAUGUACUUUGGUGGGUUAAUUUAUGCAAUGAGGAAUUGAUCUUAUAAUUAAUCUGCCUUUUUGAUGACUACUGUACAGAAACGCGAAGUUUUA